CAGCUUGAUCAGAUAUAAAAAAUGGCCUUUGCUGGAGUCCUCAAUGAUGCUGACAUCACUGCAGCUCUUGACGCCUGCAAGGCUGCUGAUUCCUUUAACUACAAGGCCUUCUUUGCCAAGGUUGGCCUGAGCAGCAAGUCCGCCGAUGAUGUCAAGAAGGCCUUUGCCAUCAUUGACCAGGACAACAGUGGCUUCAUUGAGGAGGAUGAACUGAAACUGUUCCUCCAGAACUUCAAAGCUAGUGCCAGAGUACUGACUGACAAAGAGACCAAGGCCUUCCUUGCUGCUGGUGACAGUGACGGUGAUGGCAAGAUUGGAGUUGACGAGUUCGCUGCUCUUGUAAAGGCAUAA